CGAACAUAUAGCCUUGCAAUAUAUCAAACAGCUGCUCUGACUUCAAUUACGCUCCCUCUUGAACAAUUAUCGUGAACUUCAUAGACGACAUGGCGCACAGUACUACCAGGAUCGUAGAGGACAAACCGGCAAGCAAGCUGUCUGAAACAUACGGAAGCAGCUUGCCGUGGGCGGAACCAAGUUGGUACACCGGCCGCCCAUCACCAUACUACAAAGAAAGCCACCGAAAGCUGCGCGACUACGUUCGAGCAUGGUGUGACGAGAAUAUCGCCCCCUUCAGCGAAGACUGGGUUCAAUCCGGCGCCGUCGACCCAGCUAUCUACGCCAAAUGCGCCUCUGCCGGGCUCCUCGUCCCAAUCGCCUUCGGCAAAACGAUCCCACCUCAGUAUUCGAACUACCCCAUCGCCGCGGGUAUCAAACCAGAAGAGUGGGACGGCUUCCACGACUUCAUCCUCUGGGACGAGCUAAUCCGCGCCGGUCCCAUCGCCUCGAUUUUCAUCGGGCUGGUUGUCGGCGCGCCACCUUUACAGAAGUUUGCUUCGCCGGAACUGCAGAAGAAGAUCUUUCCGGAAAUUCUGUCGGGCGAGAAGCGCAUCUGUCUCGCCGUCACCGAACCCGACGCCGGCAGCGACGUACGAAACGUGAAAACCACGGCUGAGAAAACGGCAGAUGGAAAACAUUAUAUCGUGAACGGGAGCAAGAAAUGGAUCACCAACGGCAUGUUCAGCGACUACUUCAUGACACUCGUGCGCACCGGGGGCCCAGGGGCGGGCGGACUCUCAAUGCUGCUAAUCCCCCGCUCCUCAGGCCUUCGAACGCGGAAGUUAGAAGUCGUCGCCGGCCCACUGAGCGCAACGACGUAUGUCUCGUUUGAAGACGUCAAAGUGCCUGCAGAAUACUUGAUCGGAAAGGAAGGUGAAGGGUUCAAGCAAACCAUGGUCAACUUCAACCACGAGCGGCUCUGGAUUGCGUUCCAAGCCAUCCGCGGGUGCAGGGUUGCGCUGGAGGAUGCGUUUAGCUGGGCGAUUAAGCGCGAAGCGUUCGACAAGACAUUAAUCGAACAGCCCGUCGUGAGGAACAAGUUCGGUAACUGCGGGAGAAUGGUUGAAAGUUUACAGGCAUGGACUGAGCAGAUCGUCUACGAGCUGGAGAACUUAUCUGAUGCCGAUGGAGCGAGGUUACUCGGUGGGACGACGGCGUUGUUGAAGGUUGAGAGUGGGAUGGUGUGUAAGUAUGUUGCGGAGGAGUGUUUGAAGAUCAUGGGUGGGUUAGGCCUGACAAAGACGGGCCAGGGAGCACGCAUUGAGGCGUUCUACCGUGCAGUACCUAGCUACACGGUCCCCGGUGGCUCUGAAGAUGUCCUGAUCGAUCUUGGAGUGAGAGAAGCGUUGAAGUUGCACAAGCAAGCGGAGAAGCUGAAAGCGAAGAUUUGAACAUUGCAGUCAUUGCAGUCAUUUGCAAUGUUUUACGCGCGGGUAUCUGUGCAACACUCGUCGCAAAUC